AUGCCUCCUCGGCGUGCAUCGAAGCAGUCAGCCUCAAUCGCGUCAGGCUUCUCUGAAGGCUCGACUUCAACUUCCCAAGAGUUAGUUCCGAGCGAUGUCGGACCUAAAAUAACCGAUGCUCUGUCAUCCUGGACUUCGGGAGGCGAAGAUAUCCUCAAAAACUUGAUAUCGACUCAACUCGAAUCAGCUGUAACUUCCGCAUCAACCUUGAGUACAAUACCCCUGUCGAAUACCAUUAUUCAGAUCCUAGCAUCGCAAUUAGAUCCAAAUGCUGUAGCGGAACUGUUCACCAAAAGUAUCGAAGGAUCAGACGAAGGUCAUGUGGAGGUAUUUGGCGAAGCUUUGGUGGAUGUUGUAGAAGUUAUGGAACAGGAGAGGGAAGAUACUGUGGAAGAGCAGAAACCAAACGAAGAUACCGAAAUGACCGAAUCCGAGGGGAAACCGAAAUCACCUUCUGGUUUACCAGUUAUCAAACUUCUCCUUGAGAAGGACAGACUUCCCCCUCACAUUGCAAACCUUCUCUUGAAUGCCGAUCGUCUUGUCGACCUUGGUUUACAUCCUUUCCCUCGUCAACCCCGAGCUCUGCAAAGCGCUCUAGUGAAGAAAAAUACCACUCUCUUCUUCAAGCAAAGAAAGUACAAUCUAAUGCGAGAAUGUUCAGAAGGAUUUUCUGGACUUAUCGUACUUCUUACAGGUCCAGACGCUCUACCUCACUCUGUCGAAGAGACUUUAUCGGAAACAGAUUUGGAAAGAAAGGAACGAGCAAACAGGGUUUGGUCGAAAAUCAUGGGAUUGAUAGGAUACUUCAAUUUAUCUCCCCCAAGAGUACUAGACAUCAUCCUUGAGAUUUUUAGUUGUCAUGUGGCGGUACACUGGAGAUUCUUUCUAGAACUUUUGAAAUGCUCACCAUGGGGUGCAGCUGCACUUGGAGCUAACGAUAAAGGUAAAGGCAAGGCAGUCGUAUCAUGGCCAGAGGAUGAACUGGAGAGUGUAGGAGAUGCAUUGCACCCUGGCGGCGAUCGAGUCCUGGCUCAGGUAUUAGGCUUCAAGUUUGGUUUCUAUCAGAAGCCCGAAGGAGGUGAAACACCUAUAGGUCUGACUUACAUGGCCGCUCUUCUGCUCAAGCACAGUUUUGUCAGCUUAGCCGACCUCCUACCAUUUCUUUCACCUGAUGAUUCGCAGAUGGAGGAAAUUAGGAAAAAGUGGUAUUCUUCUGUUAGCUCACGUUCUGGACCAUCCAAUGCCUUAUCAAACACGGUUCUUCAAGAUGAUGAGGCGCCAGUAGCAUCGACCGCUAACGAUUCAGAGACUGGUGGACCACCUCCUAAACCUCCUCCCGAACAGCGGAUACAGCUCGCCCAAGCUCUCUUGGCUAUUGGUGAUUUACCUUCGGCACUAUAUUUCCUCAGCAGAUUCCCUUGGAUAGCUCAAAGUUAUAUCGCUAUUGCUGAUCUCAUACUGCGGACACUUUCACAUGCCCUCGAGGAUCUCUAUAGAUCGUAUACACCGCCCACCACCGAUGCGGAUGACGAAGACCUUUUGAUGGAUGUGAAAGCGCCUACCGCAUCUGACGAACUCAAGGAACGUUUCCCUACCCUUCAUUCGCCUCCGCCACCCGAAACCAGCAUACGGUCUUUCGAGUUUUUCUACCCUGAUUGGAGAACAGGCGUGGAAGUCUGGACAUCCGCAGAAGAAAUACACUCAAAAGGGCUGAGGUGGCUUUCUCUUAUUCGGGGACUAGGUGGAAGGGACUCUUCGAUCAUGGUGAAAAUAUGCCGAAUCGGGGUUGCUCACUUCUCUGCUUUACGUCAGGAGAAAGAAGCCAGAUAUGAUUCAGAUAAAGCGAUAAGGCAAACAGUCAGUGCAGAACCCACGGCACAAGAGAUGAAGCCUUGGCUUGACAUCAUACGGAUGUCACUACUUCCUUCAUUAUCCUGCUCCAACGCAACAGCAGCGUUCGAUGUGGAACUGUGGUCUCUACUCAGCUUCUUUCCAUACACCGUGCGGUACAGUCUAUAUGGAGAAUGGCGAGACAGUACUUGCAAUUUUAAGGGAAGGACUCCUUGCGUAGUCGCUUCGCAUGCUGCUGCUGAAUGCACCAAAGAAGUACAAAAAGCGCUGCGACGGGUAACGUCUUCUUCAACCAGUGGAUCAGCAUCAGCUGCUACACAAGCUGAAAGACAUUCAGCUCGGUCGCUCGCAAAACUCAGUCAUGGAAAUCCACUCUUCCUCUGGACCACUGCUGUCACUCAAGUAAAGGCUUACCCUAAUAUCGGUCAAGCCAUUGUGGACGCUGGAAGAUACAUGACUCAACUAUCAUUUGAUGUAGCCACCUUUGUCAUGCUCGACACACUAUCCGAUGACAGGGCACAACGUCUUAACGAGACCGGUACCGGGGUGGCCAUGUGGCUUGAACGUUUAUCCAAAUUUGUUGGUGAUUUCAAUCGUCGCUAUACCAAUAUGGAUCUCGGCCCUGUUCUACAAUAUAUCAUCAACAGACUUAUGCGAGGCCAUUCAGGAGAUUUAAUCAUACUUGAAAAGUUGAUGAGUACUAUGUCUGGAAUUGAACCUGUUCCAAAUGAUGGUGUCUCUGAGAAACAACUACAAGCCUAUGGUGCUGGUAAGGAAAUGGUACGAGAGGCGUUCAACGCUACUCGUGUACAAAUUGCUCCUCCACCCGAGCCUGGCAGUACGGAUAAACCAAAAGAAGGACCUGUAGAUAAAGUGAAAAAUAUCAAGAAAUCAUUACCUAGAUUAGUGAAUGCGCUGCGAGGGACCGGUCUAGCUCUUCCCAUUUGGAUCGCCCUUGCACAAACUAGGCAAGCUGUUGUCGAUAAAUUAGCGAACACACCGCUUAAAGCUAUGAACCUGGUACAAGACACUUGUCACACUGCAUUCAUCCAAUUUGGUGAUUUCCUUGCAGAGCAGCUAUCUUCAGAAGAACAAUUGAGCUCCACUCCCAAUCUCCUGGAAUUAGUGAAUGAUUUCAAUCUUGAAUACGGGAUGGCUUUCCAAAUCCUUCGACCUCGACUAAAUGUUGAAUUGGAACGAGCAAAAGCAGAAUGGAAUGCCGAUGUACAGAAGCGAUUGGACGCGGCCAGGAGAGCGAAAAGUGAACAGGUGAAUUCGCCUAUUAAGGGUACCAACGGUCUUCCCGACUCACCGAGUGUGGCAACUUUGGUAGAAGGAGAGGACGUCAACAUGGAAGAAAUAAAGACGGAGCAUGUAAAUGGUGAUACAAUAUCCACUGAAACAACAAAUACCCCAGCGCCGAAAGCUGGUGGGAAAGCGAAACCCUGGUGGCCUCUCGCUUUGACGGCAACGAUGAAACAGGCUAAACAACUUCUCCCUGAUGACGUAAAUGAAGUCUUGAGUGCUCCGUUCUUUGUUAUCUUCUGGCAUCUUACUAUGUCCGAUAUUGCCUUUUCAUCUGAAAGUUAUGACGAAGCUAUCAAAGCCAUCAAUCGAAAUAUCUCCGUUGUUUCUGGAUGGCGAAUAAUGGCUAAAGAUAAAUCAGCUUUAGCUGAUCAACAAGCCGAAUUAACCAGGUUGAGAAAUAGAGUUGCUAUUUUGGACAAAGAGAAAGAAGCACAUGGUAAAGAAGUGAAAUCUAGCCGGAAAAGAUUGAAGUCGGAAUCUUCCAAAUGGUUCGGCAAGUCAAUUGUCGAUCGAAAUCAGACCAAAUACCUUGCUUCUCAACUUCAUCAAUAUUGUUUCUACCCUCGAGCGAUCCUUACACCUUGUGAUGCUGUCUUCGUAGCAAAUUUCAUCCGAACGGCGCAUGACUUGGGUACAGUCGGAUUUUCCACUCUAUUCGUCUAUAAUACAUUCUUCAACGACAAUCUCGCUGGAUGUAUAUUCUCUUGUACAGAUAGUGAAGCUAGAAAUCUAGGAAGAUGUCUCGCGGCCAUUUUAUCCGAUUUGGAUGUUUGGCAUCGAGAUGAGAAGAAAUAUAAACGCGAAGCUCUUGGACUACCGGAAGAUCCAGUUGAGGGGAAAACGUCAAAACCUCUUCCUGGAAUGUUAGUCAAACCAAGAGGAUCGGAUGUAUUCAGACCCAUGUUGUGGAGAGAAUUUAGAGGAUAUUAUAAAACCUGUCAUAACACUCUUACAAAGGCUUUGGUAUCAUGCUGGUCUGAAGCUGAAUUCAUGCACAACAAAAAUGCGAUCAUCGUCGCUUUGCAAGUUAUCAAGUUCUUCCCUAUCAUGGAUACCAAUGGUAAGGAUAUCGAAGAUGCUGUCAGGAAAUUACAAAGUGGCGAUAAUGGAGAAAUCACGAAUGAUCUGAAGAUGCUGUGUCUUUCUUUCCUGACUAGUUUGAAGAAGAGACAGGAAAUCAGACCAUACUUACCGGAAGCGAAAUUUUUCUCUCCACCUAAUCAACGAAAUGGUCAAGCCAAGAAUGCGCCCACUGGUCCCCGAUCAGGGGACAGUCCCGCUACUAAUGGAGACGCCACACCGCAACCUAGUACAAAUGGUGGAUCCACUCCCGUACCUUCAGGUCCAUCCACUUCCGACCCCAAAGCUACUCUGCGUCAACAGUUGGAAGAGAGUCGAGCGAAACAACUGGCUAUCAAAGGAGAAUCAAAGGGUACCCCUGAACCGGUGGCCCAAGCUUCGAAAGCUGCUACGCCAAUCCCGUCUCGAGCGCCAUCCCCGUCGCAAGAAAUGAACAAACCUGCCUCCCCACCUGCUGGUCCGAGACAAACACGAUCUUCUGCUGCUCCUACAGGUCCUUCAGGUGGCAAUCGUUCUACUUCCGACAAUCGGAAUACACCAGCCCCAACAGGACCUUCCACCAGAGGACCGCCAGAGAGACCUGGGUCUAGCGCAACGGCAACCACAUCCACUGCUGCUAUGGGACCUCCGAGUGAUCUCUCAGUAGAUGAAGCUCGUGCAGCUGCUAGAGCCAGAAAAUUUGGUAUUAUCAAACGACCCGCUCCCCCACCUUCCUCGGCUUCCCCUGGUCCCACUUCUGCACCUACUAUGCCUUCCGCUCCCCCCAUUCCAGAUGAUCCACCUCGAGCGAAAUCACCUACACCAGUCCCAUCAAGAAGGACUUCUCCCGCUCCUCGAACACACAGAAGCGGUAGUGUCGAAUCUAAAGCCAGUGUUGGCUCAAGGAGGUCAUCUAGGCGAGACAGAGAUGACCGUGAUAGGGACAGUAGGGAUAAGAGAAGACGGGAUGAAAGGGACAGGGAUCGAGACAGAGAUAGAGACAGGGAUAAGACUCGCGAACCUUCGACUACGGGCGUGGAAGAUGUCCGAGACCGCCGAAGACAGGAAGAUCUACUACAAGCUAGGCAUGAUAGACUGGCCACUACAGCUGCUUCUGACGAUCGACGCGGCGACUCCAGACGUGGAUCAAGAGACACAACAAGUCACAGAAAGGAUCUUGAGAAAGAUAAAGAAGAUAGAAAAGCCAAAGACAUAAAGGAAAGAAGUGGUGCCAGUCACAGAGAAAGAGACCGAGAUGAGAGAGGUGAAAAGAGGAAAAGAGAUGAAGAACCCCGAAGAAUUGACGAACCCCCAAAUGCAUCAAGAAGAGAUAGGGAUAGAAGACAUGAUGAUCGAGAUCGGGACGUCAGAGGCACAGAUCGAGAUCGUGAGAGGGAUAGGGAUAGGGAUAGGGAUAGAGAUCGACGUGAUAGAGAUAGAGAUGACCGUGAUAGACGUGGAGGAAGGGAUGAGAGGAAUCCAAGGGAUAAUCGAGAUAAUAGAGAUAGUAGGCCUUCAAGAGAUAUUCAACAAGACAAUCGAAGAAGCCCUAUACCAGAUCGAAGACCAAAUGAUCCUGUACCUCCUAAUGGUCGACCAAGCGGCGGUGGCGGAGUCGGUGGGGAUCGAACGCCUAAAAGAGGAGAUGACAACUCAUCAAAGGAGUUACUCCCUCCUCUCGCUCAACUUCCACUUCAGACGAGAAAUGAUGAACAAGGUCAAGGCUCAAGACAAAGACCCGAUGAUAGGAUUGUCGAACCACCCAGACAAACAAGAUCAUCUGUUCCUCCCUCCCAACAAAGUACUCAAGGAAGUCAAAGUCAAGGAGGAGGAGGAAAUAAUAAUCGGUUAGCCCAUGCUUUACCUCCUCGACCUGGGCAAAAUAACCAAUCUACCCCUUCGAAUAAUACCAGAGGUGGCGGAGGUGGUGGAGGUGGCGGAGGAAAUGGAAAUGGACCUAGUUUAGCCAUGAGAAUGGGUCCUGCACCUCCAGGUCCGGCUUCAGGAAGUGAAAGACGGAAUUCACCCCCUAGUCAAAGUCAAAAUUACAGAUCUGAGAACAAUUCAAGAGAUGAAAGAACAGAAAACAGCGAGCCAAGAAAAAGACCUUUGGAGGAUAAUGGAACUCCUGCAAGGGAAGAAUCCCCCGGAGCGUCAAAAAGGGUUAAAAUCGAUCGCGAUCGAAUAAGAGGUGGAAAAAGGGAAGGUUCCGGUCCAGGUGGACGGAUCUUUGACGCUGCAAUGGGCGGAGCAAGAGAUAAGUGA